UGAUUGUUGAUGUGGGCGAGGAGAAGGAACCGAAGCUUGCGGGGUCAGAGACACUAACCCGCUCAUCUUCUUCGGAUCGUGUCGUGCGUGCUUCCUUCGUUUUCGUUGGCCCCGCGUUGCUUCCCUCUUCCAUGUCCAUACUGCUGCUCUGCUUCCGUUGCUCAGUCCGGAAUGCCGCAUGAAAAGAACUCGCCGCCGCCGGAACACGAGGAAGAGGAAGAGUCACAGCAGACACAGCCGCUACGACAACAGGGCUUCCCGCCUCACAAGGUUGCCCGCGUCUCAUCAGAUGAAGUGACCAUGGCGGCGCCGUCGUCACUGAUGCUGGGUUUGGGACUUGGGCUGGGGAGAGGGCCAGGAGCUGCCAAACCGGUCUUCACCUUCAUGCAGCUGCAAGAGCUGGAGCAUCAGGCCCUUAUCUACAAAUACAUGGCGGCCGGCCUACCCGUCCCCGUCCACCUCGUCCUCCCCAUCUGGAAGAGCGUCGCCGCCUCCUCCUUCGGCGCCUACGUCUAUCCCUCCUUGACGGGCUACGGUAGCUUGUGCUUGGACUACCGCAACAGCAUGGAGCCGGAGCCGGGACGGUGCCGGAGGACCGACGGCAAGAAGUGGCGGUGCUCCAGAGACGUCGUCCCCGACCAGAAAUACUGCGAGCGACACAUGCACCGGGGCCGCAACCGUUCAAGAAAGCCCGUGGAAGCAGGAGCUGCCGGUGGCGGAGACACGACCUCCACCGUCGUUCCCACGGCACAACAUGACAGCAACAGCAGCAGCACCCAACUAUCCAUCUUGAUCCCAGCGAACGGACGCCAGCUGCUGCCCACGAUGGCCGGCGGCGGCGGCGGCGGCGGCCCUGUGUCUCAGCCGGAGCUGGGCAUUCUCCACAAUGGCACUGCUUGUAAAACCGCGACCCCUUGAGGCUUUUCUGCAAGACCUUCUGCUCUCUUUAAUUUCUGCAA